AUGAAACGUCAAUAUAUGGCUGAACAAAAAAAUGCUAAUGAAAAAAGACGACAACAGGAAUUACAUGAACAGCGUCAACGUGAAGAAGAAGUUUUUUCAAAUAAACAAUUGAUGGGUGAUGAAAAAGCUCGUCUAGGUCUUUCAUUUAUGUAUGAUCCACCAGCUGGUAUGGCUAAAAAAGAAGAACAAGAACUUCGACGACCUGAUGGAACAUUAAUUAUUAAAAAAGAUGAACCAAAAUUUGAAUGGCAAAGAAAAUAUAAUGCACCUCGAGAAGUAUGGGCAAAGAAUGAUGAAACAAUUCGAGAUCAACCAUUUGGCAUUGAAGUUAGAAAUGUACAUUGUUUAAAAUGUAAAAAAUGGGGUCAUGUUAAUACAGAUAAAAUUUGUUCAUUAUAUGGUAAAUCUCGUUUAAUGGAAGGUGAAACUGAUCCAGUAAGUCAAUUAAGUUUAACUCAAAGUAAAUCAACAACAAAUGCACUAAUUAAAGAUUUACAUGAUAAAGGUUUUGCAAUGAAACGUAAUAUUGCUGAACAUAUGAUGACUCAUGGUGAUAUUAAUGAUAAUGAAUCAAAAUUUGAAUUAGAAUUUAUGAAACAACCACCAAAAACAACCAAACGUAGUCUUAAAAAACAUCUUAAACAUCUCGAACGAAGCAAUUAA